UGCGCAGUCACGUGCGGCUGUGGGUCAUGUGAUAACUGAAUUGUUUGUGUAAAAUAAAUAAAAGAUCUUCACAGAGUGCUCUGAAUGUUUGUGCAGCGACGUUAAACAGACAACAACAACAACAACAACAACAACUAUCAGGUUGUGAGAGGAGUAUGCAGCUCUGGGCUUCUUUCUGCUCAUAACGACUCAUUCUGCUGAUGAUGACUCUGCAGAUGGGGAUCCUGUGUCUGGCUCUGCUGGGCCUGAGCACAGCGCUGGUCUGUCCUGAUGGAGGCAUGUGUGAGGACAGAGACACCUGCUGCAAGAACACCAUGGGUGGAUACGGAUGCUGUCCACUGCCACAUGCUGAGUGUUGUUCAGAUCACCUCCACUGCUGUUUCGAGGGGACGGUUUGUGAUCUCGUUCACUCCAAAUGUGUCAAUAAGACAGUCUCUCUGCCCUGGAUGACACGAGUUCCCACCAAACCGGCUCUGCUCAUCCCUCAGCUCGGGGACAAAGUAAAGGCAGUCAUUUGUCCGGACCAGGCGUCUGAGUGUCCGGAUGAAACCACCUGCUGCCAGCUUCUCGACGGCUCCUGGGGUUGCUGUCCAUUAGUGAAGGCGGUGUGUUGUGAGGAUAAGCUCCACUGUUGCCCCGAGGGAACGAAGUGUGAUAUUGCUCACUCAAGAUGUGUGUCUGCCUCACUGCAGUCCUUCCCAAUGCUGGAGAAACUGCCUGCCAGAAGGAGAGACAAUAAUACAGUCAGUUUGGUGACUUGUCCUGGUGGAAAAAGCAGCUGCCCGGAUAGUUCCACAUGUUGUCUGUUAACCAGUGGAGAUUACGGCUGCUGCCCUUACCCAGACGCCAUGUGCUGCAGUGAUCACAUUCACUGUUGCCCUAGCAACACAAUAUGUGACCUGGAGCAUGGCGUCUGCAAGUCCAGUGAGACGCACGUGGCGCCGCUGAAGAAGAUCUCCGCCGUACCCAACGACGUCAUGUGUCCAGAUAAGAAAACCGCGUGUCCCGACCAGACCACCUGCUGCCAGAUGACCAACAGCACGUACGGCUGCUGUCCAAUGCCCAACGCCGUCUGUUGUUCAGAUCACAUCCACUGUUGUCCUGAAGGCACCAAGUGCGACCUUCUCCACAGCGCCUGUGUGUCGGCGCUGGGAGAGUCGAGCGCGGCCGUUAGGAUUCCCGCCGCUGUGACGGAGCUGGUGGUCGCACAGACAAAGGCCGGCGCGGUUCCCUGCAACGACUCGGUGGCGUGCGCUGACGGAAACACCUGCUGUAAAUCUCCAGAGGGAGAAUGGGCCUGCUGUCCGCUACCGAAGGCUGUGUGCUGUGAGGACCACCUGCACUGCUGUCCCCACGGCACCACUUGCAACCUGGCGGCCUCCACGUGCGACGACCCCGCCGGCGGCGCCGUGAUGCCGUGGCUGAGCAAAGUGCCCGUCUUCCCUCUGCUGACGGAGAACAGCAAGUGUGACAAAUCUACAUCCUGUCCUGGAAAGUCCACCUGCUGUAAGACGGCGAGUGGAGACUGGGCCUGCUGUCCGCUGCCUCAGGCUGUGUGCUGCGACGAUCACGUCCACUGUUGCCCUCACGGGACCGUCUGCAACCUGGAGGCUGAGCGCUGUGACGACCCUUCGGGCUCCUCGCCGUCCCUCCGCUGGGUGGCGAAGGUUUCGGCCCUGACGUCAGAGACUCAGGAUGAGAAAUGUGACAGGCAGACGAUGUGUCCCGGAGGCACCACCUGCUGUAAGAAAGGCCCUGGACUCUGGGCCUGCUGCCCCUUACCUCAGGCUGUGUGCUGUAACGAUCACGAGCACUGCUGCCCCAAAGGCUACAAGUGUAACGUGACUGAGCAGACCUGCGACAGGCCCGGCGGCCUCAGCCUGCCCUGGCUGCGGAAGGUCCCGGCCCUUCAGACGGAGUCCAGUCUGGCUGUUUCCGGUCCAACUCGGCCGGCCAGGAACAUGUGCGACGCCACGACCAGCUGCCCCAAGGAUACGACCUGCUGCUUCAUGGACAGGACCCACAAAUGGGGCUGCUGCCCUCUGCCGAAGGCGGUCUGUUGUAACGAUGGAAACCACUGCUGCCCCAGCGGCCACACCUGCGAGCCUCACCGGUCCUCCUGCUCAAAGGGCCCCCACGUCAUACCCUGGUUCGCCAAACUGAGCGCCCAGAGCGAGCCGGGCGACGUGACCGACGUAAAAUGUGACGACAAGAGCAGCUGCGCUUCGGGAACGACCUGCUGCAAGCUGCAGACGGGAGAGUGGGGCUGCUGCCCGCUCGUCAAGGCGGUCUGCUGUGCGGACCACGAGCACUGCUGUCCUCAGGGCUACACCUGCAACAUGCAGACGGGAACGUGCGAGAAGAAGAGCCACGAGGCGCUCGUCGGCACCGUCCCUCUGAGCAGAGUGGUACGGCCCGAGCCCGGAGGCGCCGAGGGCGACGAGGACGUACCAUGUGACAGCGCGGGGGAGUUCCACUGCCCCGAGCGGGACACGUGCUGUAAGCUGUCGGCCACAGAGUGGGCCUGCUGCCCCUCGCCCAGGGCCGUCUGCUGCUCCGACUCGAAGCACUGCUGUCCCGCGGGAUACUCGUGCGACCUGCAGGCCGGAGGCUGCACGCCGCAGACGCCGCUGACCUGGGACUCUCUGUUAGGGGACAGAAAGAAAGACUUUGUCCAACGUGGAUUUAUAUAAUCCCACACGAAGGUGCCGCUGAUCUCCUGCAACCCGGAUCCAUAAACAUCCAUCACCAACGCCGUCGAUGGGCUUUUAUUUUCUCUCCACUUCCUGUUUGUUUUGUCAUUCGUGGAAGAGUAUUUACAGAGUUUCUGCCUCCAGGCGCGGACGCUGCAGUCGUCUCUCGUUAAAAUGAAGUCGAAGCACUUAUUGUGUUACAUUGAAGUGAGGAAUUAUUGAUCAUCACGAUCACUAUUAUUGGAAAUCAGUAUGCCAACGAUGACGUACCGGAAGGAUGUCUCUUAAAGGUGGAGUUAUGUAUUUUAUUUACUGUCAACAAACAUCAUAAAAAGAUCAGAACCAACAUACAGAUACAGAUUAUUAGUAAUCAGCUUGUGACCUUAAACACUGUACGAGGUGAGUUAAAGGGGGAUUAUAGUGCAGCAUAGUUAUAUAUAAUUAUUAUUUCUCUCUUUUUGCCCAAUCAUUUGGUUUCCUCGUGGUCCAGAAGCACGUCGGCGUCCCGUUCUGUGGUUGAGGAUUCGGCUGCAGCAGGUUCAAAGUGAAAGUUUUCCUCCAUAAAACUUUAAAAACGGCCUAAAAAUAAAUAGUGUCUCUCUUUUAAAAGGCUCAUUGUACGCUGUAAAGUUAAUUUAACUGAAAAACAAACAAGUUGGAACAGAUUACAUCAAAGCUUUUAAGUUACACAAACUCAAUUCUCAUUUGUUAAGUUAAAAAAGAUUCUUAAUUAAGCAGCUUUUAUUUCUACUUUUAAGUUACAGAAACAUUCCUGAUUAAGUAGUUUUUGUUUUCACAGAACGAAUAAAAACUACUAAAAAUGAACUCGGUGUCACUUAAAAUGUUUAAGCUGCUUCAAUCUGAGAUCAGUUUCAACACUUGUUUGAGUUAAAAGAGUUUUUAUCAACUUAAAAAGGAAAUAAUACACUUGUUGGGGACUAUUUUCAGUGGCGGAUGAAUCCACAUUUGGUGCUCUAGUGAGUAUUUGGGGCAGCAGGACGACGGGGCUCUAGAGGAAGAAGAUUUAACCGGGUUCAGUUGUUGGUUUUGGUCUUUCAUUGGUUCAUUAACAGUAAGAAAGAUACAGAGUUUCACCAGCCGGCCUCGCUUUGUUUUGGUGUUUUGAGUUAAACGAGCCGGUCGCCUUAUUGAGGGCAACAUUCGAUAAAAGAUGACCUCAUCAGACUCGACCCACGGUGUUUCUAUGAGGACUUAUUUUGUCUCUUUGUGUCACCGAGGCAGAAUUUCUUUGUCAAACACUUUAAACAGGUAAAAAGUUGUUGAUCUCUUGUUGAUUUGAUGUUAUUUUCUGUGAUUUAAUGAGGAGUAAUGAAGCAGAUAACGAAGAUGAUGUGACUGACACACAAACAGCUCGUGCCUUCUUUAAUUCGCUGUAAGAGGAGGCGGUCGGUCGGAGAAUCCUCUCCAUCGUUGGGAAACAGUCCCUCCAGGAUGUCACAGGCUGCUUUCUGGGAUUGUUGCGGCCUAAAGUUUCUGAUUUCACGGCAGCUUUUCUAAGAAACCGCAACGUUUUUAGGCAUUUUAUUGCUUUUGGCUGCACAUUUUCUGACAGCUGGAGAACAAGAUCCUUCAUCAUAAAGCUGCUGUAUCACAUAUUCUGUCCUGUAUGGAGACUGCAGCCUUAGAAUAGUGUUUUAUGUUAGAAAUGUUUAGUUUGGGUCUCGAGUAUUUAGAAUCUGCUACAUGCUAACUCGCAUAUGUUGGGAAAUUUGCAUAAUCAGCAUUAAAGAGCAUAGUAGGGACAAUAUUUCAGCAGCUGAUUGGCUGAUUUGGACGAUAUAGGAGUGGGUUUUAGGGGUUAUUAAGGUUUUAAAAAUACACAAUGGCAGUUUUAAACCACAUUUAAACUCCCAGUUGGCUCAUUUUGAUUAAUUUUAAGUCAAUUUUGAGGUUAUUUAUGUGUUUAAUACAUAACCGCAGCAGCAAAGAGACAGAUCAGUGACAACAUGCUGCACAGCAACAGCAGAAAUAUGACGUCUGAACAUUCACACCAGUGACAUUGAGCUUGAACUGCAGCUCUACUGUGUAAACAUAUAAAUAAUAACCUCAAAAAUAAAUAAAAAAUCAGCCACUGGGAGUUUAAAUAUGGUCGCUUCUGGUUUAGAAAUGUAUUCAGGAUCUUCAAUAAACCCUCAAACCUCCUUUAUCAUCCAAAUCAGCCAAUCAGCUGCUGAAAUAUCGUCAAUAUAGUUGAUUAUUAAUGCGAAUUAUGUCCAACAUGUGCAGUUUCAGGAUGCUCGGGACCCAAACUGAACAUUUCUCUCAUGAAACUUUGGGUUAUUCGACAUUUCUGGGUUCACGUUGCUGACAGGUCGACAAUAUUUGGGGUUUUUUUUGGUAUAAAAAUCAAAGUCUGUUUCCUUUGUAGCUUUUGUUGGUUAAAUUCACGGGAAAAUACAAUAAUUGGGAUUAAAUAGUGAAAAUAAAGUGGCGAGGACUCCUGGAGGGAAGGUUUGUAAUGACGCGAGGAAAGUAUAAUUUUAUUAAAUCUACUUUUUAUGAAUAAAGAUUGGAUCCAUCCCUGAAACACAAA